AUGCUCCUUGCUCAACGCAAACAGAAACAAAGGUUAACUGGAAAGAUUGGACACAAUGAUUCUGAAUAUGAAAUUGGACGUGGACACAAUGCGGGGAUCUUGCAGGGAAUUCCGGGGCCAAAACGAACUCCAGAAAGAGUACGAAGUGCGGCACCGUAUGCAGAACACCAACAACCCCAACAAUAUCAACAAUAUCAGCAACCACAACAGCAACAACAACGAUCACCACAGUUAAUGCCAAGUAAUGCACCUUACGCAGAUGAUCGCAAUGGAUAUCAUCAACCACGACCCAUAAGUUUUCCCUCUGUACUUCCACCAAUCUCUGCAGCUCCACUAAUUCCAGCUCCACUGGUUAUAAAUAGAUCUCCAAUGCGGUUCCCAUCGGCAUUGGAUGGUGGAAUGGGUAUGCAUAUCCCCCCAACAUGGACCCCACCGAGUCCUUACAAUGCCCAACCAUUACAACUACAAUUACAACAACAACCACAACAAUUACAACAACAAUUACCACAAACACCUGUAGUAGUAUCAUUACCACCUGUACAAGUUCAUGCACCCAGUGUCUCUCCUACGCCUGCGCCUGGAUUUGCAAAUAAUAGAAACCAUUACGGUACUCGUCCACAGUCUAGACAGUCUCCCGGUGUUUUGCCUCCCGGUGCCAUGCCGAGUGGCGAUGAUGGGGAUGAAUUGAAUGCACGCCAAUUGGCACGUCAACGGGCGAUUGAAGUUCAAAGAGAAAACGCACGAUUAGUGGAGGAACGCCGUCGUCAACGAGCCCUUGAGAAACAACGAGAAGCGGAAGAGGAAAGACGACUGGAGCGUCUCGCACAGGCAGAGAUGGGCCAAGCCAAAUUAGGCAUACAAAAAGAGAGAGGCAUGGGAAUGGAAAAGGGAGCGGCAUUUAUGGAAGAACGACGGGAGACGGAAGAGAGAGUGCGAAUGAUGGGCCGUAAAGCCGCACAGGCAGAACAGAGAAGAGCCGAAAGUGAAGAACGAGAAAGAGCACAAGAUCGGGGAGAAUUACCACCAAUGCCAAGAAGAGCCACCACAGCCACAGCCACCACAACUACAAGUAAUGCUAGACUAAAUACAUCACCAGGAACAGACAUCUCAGGAGCUGAAUUGAUGGUACCGAAUAAUAAUGGACUUGUAGAGAGUAGAAGGACGAGUCAAGUACCUCUAGAUUUAAGAAGUAAUCAAUCUCUACAACAAUCUACUCACUUUGUACAAGCACCAUCAGGGUUUGCUGUAUCGGAUGGAAUUUCUUCCUAUACACCACAACCUUUAAACUUUCCUUCAGAUCCAUUACCAAUUGGUGGUGAUCCAUUACGAGAUCUACAACCCUUUCCAGCCUUUGAUAUGAUGCGACCAUUAUCCUUUCCAUCUGCGGUACCCACAAUAGAAACUACAGCCCCUACAACAACAACAACAACAACAACAAUAACGACUACUGUACCAGAUCCUGUGCAGUGGUCUGCACCACUUUCUAAUUUCCCAAUUGGACAAACAUCAUCUGCUGCAAAUGCACAACGUAUGGAAUCGCAAUUAAAAGAUAUUGCUACCACUCACAAUAUUAUUCAUCAUAUUUUGGAAAAUGAAACAAAUCGAGAUGCACAUUAUACACCAUCAUCGUUUAGUUCUCUUCCACCCACAUGUUCCCAACCAACAUCUCUGAAUCCAUUACAACCAUUAAGUAGUGGUGGUAGUUCACAGCAAGUGCCAAGUGUAGCACCAACGGCUGGAAUAUUAAAAAAAUCACCUGAACAACCAUUGCGUUCUGGUAUUGAAGUGAUUGCUGUGAAUAAACCAGAAGAAGGAUUAGGAUUAGGAUUGGGAUUAGGGGCAGCGGCAGUAGCGGCAGAAGCUGGAAAAGGUUCAAAUAUAGGAUUAACAUCAGCGGCAAGGACAACAACUCCUAUCAAUGACUCUUCAGAUGAUCUUUCUGCAGAACCAUCGAAGUUUGUACGAGCAGUGAAACCGUAA